CAAUAUUUACUUUGAAAAAAUUAGAUAAAAUUCAAGAUAUAAUUAAUGAGGUUUUUGGAAACCAACUGAUUGAUGAUAUGCAACACCUACAGGCUCUGAAAUUAACAUUGAAAAUUUUAGAAGAUUUUACAAGCAACCAAAAAGAAAUUAAAGAAGCAAACCAAUCAUCUACUUAUCUCCAUAUGCCAAUUUGGCCAUGUUAUAUUGAUGGAAUUGAGGUUAAAAAGAAUGCUAUAUUAAUAUCAAAAAUUUCUGAUAUGAAUAAUAAUAAGAGAAUGCUUGGCAUCAUUAAUUGUUACAAAGACAAAGUUAGAGCGGAAAAUAAUGAUAAAACUUACUUGAAUAGUGCUAGAAAUUUUGAAUAUGAUGGUAGUGCAAACAUAGAUAUUAGUGGUAAUAAGAUUGAUAAAAAAAUAUUAGCAUUGAAUUGGACUAUAAUAAUGAUGAGAUAUACAAGUAUGAAAAUUAUAAUAGGGGUUAAAAUAGAUAAGUAUAAAGUGUCUAUAGAGUAUACAAAAUCUACUAAUAUAUAUCAAGCUGAAGAUGAAAGAACCUAUAGGCCUAGAAAUUGUUAUAAAAGAGGAGUUGAAGUCAAAAUAGAAUGA